UUGAUUUCAUCAAUAAAUAUGCAGCGGUCACGGCGAGGAUAUGAUGUAUGGCUUUAACGAGGCAAGGAUUUUCUCAUCCGGCCGUCUGGGGCAGGAAAUUAUACAUCAGCUGCUGAUGAAUAGAGUCCCACAUUCAAAGCAACUAUACUUCUUUCCCCACCCACCCGUUUCUAAGUAUAAAAGACGACCACUCCGUUCUUCCCUUCAAGCGCCCUCCAACCUUCUUCAGCAACGUUCGACGUCCACGGACCAUGCAGCGACCUACUAUCACGGGCAUCCGCGUGCGCACCCCUUCAGACGCCCAUGCCAUAUUCCAUGCUGUUUCCCUCAAAAUGCUCCCUAUUGUGUCUCGACGGUUGGACACUGAGGAGCGUCGAUUGAUUGCCUCGGGUUGUGUGUUUGUCUGGGAAGAACGGGGUCCUAAUGCAGAGUCUUCUUGUCAGCUAGGAAUCGAGCGAUGGACGGACUCUAUACGAUGGGGACCAAGCAGAGUGAAAGAUGAAUUUCUGUAUUAUCAAGAAAAGGGCCCCGAGUCCACGGAGAUGGAGCUGACAUCCGACUCUGAUACACCAGUGUAUUCACCUACAGACUCGAACCGUGCCGUCUUCCGGGACAAUCUGAUCAAACAGACAUACUCCGUGUUCGUCGAAACUAACAGAGGCCGGCGGAAAUGGCAUCUCAUCGCGUACUUCACCCAAGAAUCCCUUGACUACCUAAGAACGAUUGACGACAUCCCUAUGCUGUCGAACCUCUACGUACCCCCGGGAAAAUACACGAGCGCUCGAUCGGCGAAAGGGAGGCCGCGGGAUAGCACAGCGUGCGAUCCCUACGUUCUGAGAAACUACCACCGAUCUGGAGGUGCCCAGCCGAGUCACUGGCAGGGCAUCGGUAUGAUUCACCCGUAUGGUGCUGACUCGGUCAAACCUCGGGCUGGGUCUGGGUGUCUGGCCCCAUUGGCCUAUCUCGAGAACAUACCUCCACCACGAAGGCACCCAGCCGAUGAGGAAGCGUUGAAUGCAAUUGGGUUUCGAUAAUUGAAUGUUAAUCUGGACUCGGACUUUAUUUUGUUCUAUUUUUACGUGCUUUUUUUCCGUUGCGCUUUGCUUUCUUGUUGUAGACCUUGACCAUAGUACAUAUAUCCUGCACUUCCUCUCUCUACUUGUAUUGUAAUGCUACUAAAUCUUUUCUUACCAUCAAAAUAUGAUAAAGAGUUCGGAGCCGUCGGUGAUGCACUUAAAAUCUUCAAGAUCAUGACUCUCAC